AUGGACUCCACCGGAGCAGGGGUCUCACCUUCAAUAUCUCUGUCUGAGCAUGGGGAAUAUGCUGCUCAGAUAAGUGGGAAAGAUCUCAUCCUGCAUCUCAACCCAACUUCUUCUGGGUUCCAGGAUGUAGAGAUUGUCAAAGUCAAAGAAAGCUCGUUGAAAUUCUUGAAGUUCUCACGAGCGAGCUACACUGUAUCACCAGAUACAUAUACCGCUAGAGGCGAAACUGCACCAGGGAGACGUGUGCUCCAUGCCAGUGAUGCACGUGUUCUUGUAUGGCAAUUGCUCCCAUUGCAAUUACAUGCUGAAAUCGAGAGUAUCGAGCCCGGUGCCUUGAAUAUUGAUUUCGGCAGCGAUGAAAACGAGGUCAUAGUUUUCCACGCAUGGAAUACAAGGUUAACUGUGUAUGCUCUGGAUACCGGCCGCAGCCAGGUUAUUAAAUCUCCGAAGUUUGCUCAUCAUAAUGGCUUUGGGUACCGACCUAAGACAGGACAGUUUGCGAUCUUGUUAAAGCCAGACGCAGUGGACCUAUUGACUAUCCAUGGGUUCAGAUCGUACGAGCUGAUAAACCGUGCGGUGCUACCGACAGUAGACGCUCAAGGCUUGAAAUGGAGCCCCGACGGGCGAUGGGUAGCCGUCUGGGAUGCAGCCAGUGCGGGUACCAAGGUUCUUGUAUUCACUGCCGACGGAAAACUCUUCAGGACUUAUACCGGGCCACCGGGAUUCGAUGAUUCUUUUGACCUUGGAGUCCGAGGUAUAGAAUGGAGUCCGGUUGCAAAUGAGAGUGGUGCCUCGGAGUAUCUAGCCAUCGGUAAGGUCGAUGGAACUGUUGAUAUUUUACGAUGCAAAACAUUCUCAUGCUCUACAACAUUAUCCCAUGUCUUUCAAAUCGAUGACAAUUCGCCCAGUAUAUGGCGCGAGCGCUACGCAACUGCAGAUGGGACACUUGAAUAUGCCGAAUCGUCCAGUUCUUCUGCCUUUAGCAUAACUGCAGAAACAUCCGGCCCUCCGCGGGGCGUGUCAAUCAUGACAUUCAGUUGUGACGGAAACCUCCUAGCCACUGUAGACCAAACACGGCCAAACAUUGUCUGGAUAUGGAACUUGGAGUCCACUGCCGUGCUGCUAUCAGCUUUGGUCCACGAACAUCCAGUCAGACAGGCUGCAUGGCAUCCCUCGAAGAUACAGCUACUUAUCGUCACUGCUAACAAUGCUGUUGCUGCUGUUCGAUCCUGGACACCUGACGGCCAGCCGUCAAUCAUUUACAUUCCUACUUCACGAAGCGACAGCGGGCGGUACGAUGUGAGGUGGCUUUCCAGUCAAGGAGACGACGCAAAGUUUUGGUUUGGAACUACUGAAGAAUACACACUUGGUCGUAUCGAGAGCGAAGGUGAUAGUUCACGGUUUAAAGUGCUCAAUACUAUUAAGGGUAAAGCCUCUACUGGAAGCCACAGUGCAGGCAUGAGCCGGUAA